GCUUAGGAAAUCAGGGCUGAAGUGUCUUAGAAACUUUUAUUCUGCUUUUCAUGUUCUGGUUUCUGUCAUGCUGUGCUAGGGGAGAAGAAUGUUUUGUUUUAUGCUAUAUAUACAGUUUUUUCACAUUAUGAGGUUAACCUACAACUCUCCCAUAAUUAUGCAUCUCUGAAGACUUUUUCUAGAUAUAAUUUGUUUUAAAUGAGAGAUGUAUUUUUUAGGUCCAAGAUGGAAAAUCAUAAACCAAGUACUAGCAAAGACGACUUAAUAUUUAAUAUCAUAUCAAAAAAGAUUAACCAACUUCCAGAACCAGAAAGGAAUCUGCUUGAAUAUGGAUCAGCAUAUAUUGGACUUAAUGCUGGUUUCAGUGGCCUAAUAGCAAACAGUCUCUUUCGGCGCAUCUUGAAUGUGACACAAGCUCGAAUAGCUUCUAGCUUACCAAUGGCUGUGAUCCCAUUUUUGACAGCCAGCCUGUCUUACGAGAGCUUUGUACAUUUACCUUUGAGUACAGGUGAUUUGAACUGUGAAGCCUGUACCAUGACACGCGGUGCACUGGUUGGUUUUGUUAUGGGUGGUCUGUACCCUACCAUUUUUGCUAUACCUGUGAAUGGGGGCCUUGCUGCCAGGUAUGAAUCAAGCCCUCUACCACAGAAAGGAAACAUCUUAAAUUACUGGAUUAGAGUUUCUAAGCCUGUCUUUAGAAAGAUGGUAUUUCCUACUAUACUUCAAACUGUGUUUGCAGCAUACCUUGGGUCUAGACAGUAUAAACUCCUCAUAAAGGCCCUUCAAUUACCUGAACCCAGCUUAGAAACUCAUUGAUUUAUAAAGCAAGUAUGUACAACAAAUAAAAUGGUGAAAAUAAUCUUUG